AUAUGAGCCCAACCUCUUAUUCUUUUUCGAUACACAAUAAAUAAAUUUCUCUGUCUUUAUAUACUUUCACUUUCAAUUUUUGUUAUGGAGUUUUCACUGCAAAAAGAUUUACAAUGAAGAGAGCCACCGGAGGAGAAAUAGUACAAGUUGAAGGAGGUCACAUUCUCCGGUCCACCGGUCGAAAAGACCGGCAUAGCAAAGUCUAUACUGCAAAAGGUCCAAGAGAUCGUAGGGUCCGGUUAUCUGCUCACACUGCUAUUCAAUUCUAUGACGUGCAGGAUCGAUUAGGCUAUGACAGGCCAAGCAAAGCUGUGGAUUGGCUAAUCAAGAAGGCAAAAAAUGCCAUUGAUAAGCUGGCUGAGUUGCCUCCAUGGAACCCAAAUGAAGAUGUAGCAAAUAACUUACCCAUAAGUGAUGAAACUCAUGAUGUGGGUUCAAUUGGGAAUAUUGCCUUAGAACCUCAUGAACCACUCUCAAAUUCUUCUUCUGGAUUGUUGUUCCAAAGGCAAGUAGCAGAAAAUCCGAGCAGUAGUUCUUCAUACAUGAUGCCAGAGCCAGUAGCUGAGUCACAAUUUGUUGCAGAUACCUCGAAAUCGUUCUUCCCAAUGAAUUCAGGGACAUCAUUAACUAAUUUCCUAAGUUUUCCACAUGAUAUUGUAAUGUCAAGAGACUCAAUCCAGGCUGAUGAUCAAGAUCUUGGUUUAUCACUUCACACCAAUUUACAUGACCAAAAUUCCAACCAUAGUGCAAAUAAUCCAGCACUUAGCUUUGAAGCAACUUAUGAUAAUAAUAAUAAUCCAAUAAUUGGAAAUUGGAUAAUACCCCAUCAGCCAUUUUUCUCCCAAGGGGGUACAUAUUCUCAAAUUAGGGAACCCCUUCAGUCCAAUUUCUCACAAUUGAUUCAUCAUGCUUGGGAACAAAGGCUAAUGGCAAGUGAAGUACAUCAAUCAUCAAUUUCCAAUAGCCAUUUCAAUGGAGAUUUUCAAUUUCAUGGUGAAGAAAUGAAUGGAUUUGUGUGCAUUAAGCCCUCUUGUGGAUCUUCAAGUUCUCAUCAUUGAAUGAUUUAAAAGAGUUUAGUGUUCAAUUCAUCAGGAAAGUAGAUAAUGUUCAUUGAAGAUCAAUGACCAUAUACAUAUGUCAAGAUGGGAAAUGAAGGCGAUCAGAGUUUUAAAUAUGUUGAUUCAUAUAUUAAUGUGAUGUGACCUUAUUCUAUUAAUCCAAGCAAUCUCGUUUAGAAUAUUGCAUUAUCUCUCACCAUUUAAUUUUUUAUAAAUUUCGUUAAGUCAUGAGUAACAAUUGAUAUUUGCUUUUAGACUUAGUAAUGAAGUUUGGGCACAAAGUAUUUUUCUUCA